CCGAAGGCGGCAAGAGUCGCUGCUUUGCGAGGCUUUCUGCCAGUCGCCACCUUUUUUCUUGUUUCUCCCUCUGGUCAGUAUACUUUCCCUGUACUUUUCCUGGAUACUAAUACGACGUCUCUAUUCUCUUUUUUUACUUCAGCCUAAUGAACCCAGACACAAAUUUACCACGGCUUUUGCGGCGGCGGCAGACAAGCAGCGAUACAAGCAAGCGGCGGCAGUCGCAGGUGUACUCGUUUGUAUACCCGAACCGCACCAUCCACAACAUCGAGACACCUGACUGCAACUUUCGACGGUUCUCACCCGAUGGCAAUUACCUUGUUGCAUUCACACGGAAUUUGUCUGGGCUGCAAGUAUACCGGGUGCAGCGGGCAUCGACAAGCUCAGCGGGGACAGGUGAUAAGAGCAAGGGGUUUAGUGAGUUCUUCCGGCUGGCGUGGGCGCGAGAUUAUGUCGGGGUGGGUGAGUCGCUGCACCGCGAAGUGUGCUUGGUCACAGACAACGGGUACUUGAUUUUGGCCAGAUUGCGGCGCACAGGCAUUGCCAGCACAUUCAACAAUAGCGGGCAGCAAGCAUCACGGGCGGUGUAUCCAAACACAUUGUCGUGCGUCAAUGCAGUGGAGGACAUGACGCUGCUGGUUGUGGAAUUGGGCACGGGCAACAUUGUGGAUACUCGCGAAUACCCAAACGACAUUAUAUACUUGGGCGGGCACAACGGUCUCAGUCUGUACCAGGACCGGCUCUGCGUGGUGUCGCUAAAGUACCAGUGCGUAAGGCUGAUGAAGAUUGAUACAGGGCGGCUGGUGGAUAUUCAGGAAAUCGGAUGGUACACGCGCCAGGACGACGGCAUAUACGAGGAGGAAUUGCGGAUACGGGAGCUGCGGUGCCAGCGGAAGCGCCGGGCAGAGACUGCGCGACUGGCGGAGCUGAGCCCGGCAGCCAAGCGGCAGCGGCGGCUCGAGGCGGCAUUGAUGCUGGCCAGCACCGCGGCUGACGCGGAGCCUGGCGCCCUGGGCAGCCGGGAGCAGACGCCGUUUAUCUUCCCGUUCUCGCCCAGCGUGCAGACACUCCUGGGGCAUCCGCCGUCGGGCACAAUAUCGCCCAGCAUGGCAACUGCGCCUCUGCAGGCAACCGCGGUGUCGGCAGAAACCAUGGACGCAGCACGGAGGAUCUCUGUGCUGCACCUGCAAACUCUGCAGCGGUUCCCGCCGCACUACCGCAUGAUGGUGACGCGUACCAUGCAGCAGGGCCGCGGCGAGGCCGACGGGAGCCUUGCGUCGCUGGAGCCGUCACUGGCGAUUGCCCCGCUCAGCGGGCUGAAGCAGCGGUUGCUGGCGACGCUGUUUCUGCGCGCCAGGGAGUCGGUGGCGGGCACGCAGCAUUUCUACCGCACGUACCAGCUGUACGAGUGGCUGGUGGUGUGGCGGGUGCAGUUCCUGACGAGCUCCACAUUGCUGAUGCGCUUUGUGCCGGUGCAGACGGCCAUUUCGCGCUCCCACACGCAGCACAACUUAUCGGCCAACCUGGCCAACUCGUUCUCGCUGCUGGCCGAGUACGAUAUCGAAACCACCAGGUUCGGCAAUAUCUGGGACACCUCGGAUCUGGCGCUUGCCCAGGAGGUCGAGACGCGCAUGGACAUGUUCCGCGCGCCAAUGGUGGGCGUGUCGCCGUCGCUGGCCAAUGACGUGUAUUUGCGCGAGGCCUUCAUGGCGUCGCAGGCGGGGAUCAGGCAGACGCGGUCGGGCGGGCCAGUGCAGGCUGCGCGCAAGGCCGCGGCACUGCUGCCGGUUGCCCCGCAGACCCUGCAGACCUCGCCGUAUCUCGACCCGGUCGUGUUUAAAUGCAGCACCCGGAUGCGCCAGGGCAUUGAAAGGUUCAGGGUCACGCAGAGCGCGCCCAUUAAAUUCUACGACCGGGCCACCGGCGCCUUGCGCUUUGUGCUGGCGCCGGGCAAUGACGGCGAUGGGCUGGCGGUGGGCGAUGACGCGGGGCAGCAGAAGAGCGGUGCUCACUAUCUGUUCCAUCCGACGCUGCCGCUGGUCUUGUCGACGCAGCACGAACUUAGCUCAAUCGCUGUGCCCGUGUCAAACAUCCACUACUGGGACCCAAAUGACUAGGGCGUAUCUUGUAAUUCAUCCAUACAUCAAAAUUUAUAUUAAUACUAUCAGCCCCAUGCUUGCGAUCCAAGCCCACCUCCAUGCGAACCAGACGCUGUUUGUCGCAUUUUGGUGUGGACUGCUAGUUUAU